GAUGGAGGCCAGAAUGGUUGUUGACCUCCUUUACUGGCGAGACAUAAAGAAGACAGGAGUGGUGUUUGGUGCCAGCUUGUUCCUGCUGCUCUCAUUAACAGUGUUCAGCAUCGUGAGCGUGACAGCUUACAUUGCCUUGGCCCUGCUCUCGGUGACGAUCAGCUUUAGGAUAUACAAGGGAGUUAUCCAGGCAAUCCAGAAGUCCGAUGAAGGCCACCCGUUCAGGGCUUACUUGGAGUCUGAUGUAGCUGUGUCUGAAGAGCUUAUUCAGAAGUACAGUAACGUUGUGCUUGGUCACAUUAAUGGCACAGUCAAAGAGCUGAGACGUCUCUUCCUAGUUGAUGACUUAGUUGAUUCCCUGAAGUUUGCAGUGUUGAUGUGGGUGUUCACUUAUGUUGGUGCCUUGUUUAAUGGUCUGACAUUGCUGAUUCUGGCUUUGAUCUCGCUCUUCAGUGUUCCUGUUAUUUAUGAGAGACAUCAGGCCCAAAUUGACCAUUAUUUGGGACUCGUGAACAAGAAUGUCAAAGAUGCCAUGGCUAAGAUCCAAGCAAAGAUCCCUGGGUUGAAGCGCAAAACUGAGUAAAAAGCCUGAAGCAACUUAUCGAUAGGAAGUUCAUCUUUAAAGGGGGGAAAAAAAUUACUCAUUUGGAUUUACACGGGGAGGGUCAGGGAAUAGCAAACCCCUUGACAUUGCAGUGCAAUUUCACAGAUCUUUAUUUUUUAGCAACGCAGUGUUUGAGGAAAAACAGUAACUGUUUUGACUGCCAUGUGUUUCAUCAUCCUAAGUAUCGUAAGCUGCUAUGUAUGGAUCUAAACUAAUCAUCUUCCUCUAUCCUGUGUGCAGCAGCACUGGCUAACCCAAGAGUUGAAAGCUGUACAUUUUGCUUCGUCAGCGGUAGUCCCUGCGGCGUUCCCGGGUAGUGCGGGUGGAGCGGAGGCACUGCAGUGUGUGCACGGUGUAUGGUCUGUGUAGGUUGAUGCCCAUUUUCUAAACUGAGAUGUUUUAGAAGAAUUAUACCAUUUUAGCAAGUUUUGAAAACAAAUCUUGCCUUUUUGGUAUGAGUAUAGCUGUAUUGUGAUUUUAUUGUUUUAUCAAUUGCCAAUAUAUAUAUAAAUAUAUAUAUAUGUGUUUCACAAAGCUUAGAUCUUUCAGCUGCUCCACAGUGCUUUGUACUUCAGAGAAUUGACUGGUGGCUGGACUAGCUCUGCAGCACACAAGCUUGAAACCCAAACUGUCUGUGUAAACACUAGCCUCUGUUUAAAACAAACAGCGAGAGGGGGAUGAAGGAAGGAACCUCCACAUACACCUACAGAAAAAGACAAGCGUACACUUUGUGGCACAAACGUACAGUAGUUGGUUCUGAGCAAAUAAUUCUACAUCUCUCAAACUCUGAUAAUCUGUGGACUGAGUAUCUGAUGCUGCAAAUGUUGUUGGGAAACGUAAAACCUUGUUAUGCGAGAAGUAAGUGAGAAUUUCUACACUUGCAGUUUAAGCUGUAUUGAACUAAGUCUGUGGAAUGCAUUG